UAUAAUUAAAAAAAGGUCCAGUCGAAUUUUUCAGUAUUGCCUAUUUCCUCAUCGGUGAUUUUUAAAUUGGCAAAAAUUAAUUUUCCACCGGAAUUCGCGGCCGUCAAAAGCGUGACCUGAUUGGCGGGAGAGUUGAUCUGCGCACAGGGGUCCAUUUCGAGUUUCGGCGUCGAUCCGGCUUCACUACACCAUCAGUCGACCUUCGAGAAAUUACCCGCGCCUUCUUGGUUCCCAACUUGCGACCGGACGUAGGUUUUCAUAAUGAGUACCGAAGAUGGAGUAGAGGCAAUGGACACAGCACCACCGCCUGUGUCCAAGACGGCCAAAAAGGCGGCGUUAACCGUCGAGAAGAUGUACCAGAAGAAGUCACAACUGGAACACAUUCUUCUCAGGCCUGAUACUUACAUAGGUUCUGUUGAGCCGGUGACAGAGCUGAUGUGGGUUUAUGACAAAGAACAGGAGAUGAUGGUUCAGAGGGAGAUAACAUACGUGCCGGGUCUGUAUAAAAUAUUCGAUGAAAUAUUGGUUAAUGCCGCUGACAACAAGCAAAGAGAUCCAAGCAUGAACUGCAUAAGAAUCAAUAUUGACCCAGAAGAAAAUUUGAUUACUAUUUGGAAUAAUGGUAAAGGGAUACCAGUUGUCGAACACAAAGAUGAGAAAAUGUAUGUUCCGACUAUGAUUUUCGGCCAUUUGCUCACUUCAUCAAACUAUAAUGACGAAGAAGAAAAAGUGACAGGAGGCAGGAACGGCUACGGUGCCAAACUGUGCAACAUAUUCAGUAAAAAGUUCACUGUGCAGACUUCUUCGAAGCAGUACAGGAAGGCGUUCAAACAGACCUGGUUGGACAACAUGGGCACGGCUCAGGAGGUCAAGAUCAAACAGUCGUCCGAAGAAGACUACACCAAGGUCAGCUUCAGCCCGGACCUGAGCAAAUUCAAAAUGGAAAAACUCGACAAGGAUAUUAUCGAUCUCAUGUCCCGAAGGGCUUUUGACGUCGCAGCUUCUACCAGGGGUGUUAAGGUGUUUUUAAAUGAUGUCAAACUUCCUAUCAAAAAUUUUAAAGAUUAUAUAGAUUUGUAUAUUAAAAACAAAGAUGAUGAUAUGGGCAACCAGCUGAAGGUUGUUUAUGAGAAUGUUAACGACAGGUGGGAAGUGGCAUUGACAACAUCCGAAAAGGGCUUCCAGCAGGUUUCUUUUGUUAACAGUAUAGCUACAACUAAGGGUGGUCGUCAUGUCGACUACAUUGCAGAAUCUAUUACGAAGCAGCUCAUCGAGAUGAUAAAAAAGAAAAACAAAGGCGGCAUGCAGAUCAAACCGUUCCAAGUGAAGUCGCACAUGUGGCUUUUUGUAAAUUGUCUCAUCGUAAAUCCAACAUUCGAUUCGCAGACGAAAGAACACAUGACACUGCAAGCUAAAAACUUUGGGUCAAAGUGCGUCAUUUCCGAAAAAUUUAUGAAUCAGGUCGGAAAAAGUGGAUUGGUUGAACAGGUCUUAACUUGGGCUAAAUUUAAAGCUCAAACAAUACUUGAGAAAGCUGCUGGUGGGAAGAAGAAAAAUAAGCUGAAAGACGUGCCGAAACUUGAUGAUGCUAAUGAUGCCGGGACAAAACAUUCCCUCUCUUGCACUUUGAUCUUGACAGAGGGAGAUUCAGCCAAAGCGUUGGCUGUGUCAGGGCUUAGCGUCGUUGGCCGAGACAAAUACGGUGUUUUCCCAUUGCGUGGUAAACUCCUGAAUGUCCGGGAGGCUUCUCACAAACAAAUUCUGGAGAAUGCAGAAAUUAACAAUAUAAUCAAGAUAAUGGGAUUACAGUACAAAAAGAAAUACGAGACAAGAGAAGAUAUGGAGACGCUGAGAUACGGGAAGAUCAUGAUCAUGACAGAUCAGGAUCAGGAUGGGUCUCAUAUCAAAGGACUUAUCGUCAAUUUCAUACAUUAUAAUUGGCCGUCGCUUAUUAAAAUGCCGUUCCUUGAGGUGUUUAUCACGCCUAUAAUCAAAGCGACCAAACGAAACGAAGAAAUCAGCUUUUAUUCUAUACCAGAAUUUGACGAAUGGAAGGCGGAAAUAAACAAUUUGUCUUCAUACAAAAUCAAAUACUACAAAGGUUUGGGAACCUCGACUUCAAAAGAGGCGAAGGAAUAUUUUAGCAAUAUGGAAAAGCAUAGAAUAACCUUUAAAUACAGUGGACCAGAAUGUGAUCAAAGUAUUAUAAUGGCUUUCAGUAAAAAAGCAGUUGAACAGAGAAAGGAAUGGUUAACUAAUUGGAUGACAGAAAGAAAAAGGAGGAAGGAAUUAGGCAUGCCUGAAGAGUACCUGUAUAUGAAGGACACAAAAUCAAUCACAUUCAAAGACUUCAUAAACAAAGAAUUAGUCUUGUUUUCCAACAUGGACAACGAGAGGUCAAUUCCGAAUGUGUUAGACGGGCUGAAACCAGGUUCGAGGAAGGUCGUUUUCACCUGCCUGAAGAGGAAUGACAAAAGGGAAAUCAAAGUCGCCCAACUUGCCGGUUCGGUCGCCGAGCAUUCUGCCUAUCACCACGGUGAAACAUCCCUCAUGUCAACAAUCAUCAACCUCGCACAAAACUACGUCGGUACAAACAACAUCAACAUUCUUCAACCUAUCGGUCAAUUCGGUACGAGAUUGGCUGGCGGCAAGGACGCCGCUAGCCCUAGGUAUAUCUUCACAAUGCUUAGCCCCUUAGCCAGGUUGAUCUUCCAUCCAGAUGAUGAGCCGCUUCUUAAAUAUCAAAAAGACGACAAUCAGAAAAUUGAACCCGUAUGGUAUAUACCUGUUAUACCGAUGGUCCUUGUCAACGGUGCUGAUGGUAUCGGAACCGGCUGGAUGACAAAAAUACCAAACUAUAAUCCUAGGGAUAUUAUAGAAAACUUAAGAAAUAUGAUCAAUAAUCUAGAACCAUCAAUUCCUCUUAAACCGUGGUUUAAAAAUUUCAAAGGCGAAAUUGAAUCUCUCCCCGGUAACAAAUUUGUCAUUUCUGGUGAAGUUGGAAUCUUAGACGAAGGUGACAAGAUUGAAAUAUCCGAGUUGCCAAUUGGUGUAUGGACAAACUCUUAUAAAGAAACGGUGCUCGUUCCCAUGUUCCAAGGAUCCGAGAAAACGCCUGCGGCAAUAACGGAUUUCAAGGAAUACCACACGGAUACAGUGGUCAAAUUUAUUGUGACGAUGACUCGUGAUAAAUUUAUCAGCUCCGAUAAAGAUGGCUUCCAUAAAGUUUUCAAACUUCAAAACACUAUUAGCCUCAGUUCUAUGUGUGCGUUCGAUCGUGACGGCUGUUUGAAACGGUACGAUUCCGUGAUCGACAUCAUGAAGGAAUAUUUUGAAACUCGUUUGGAGUACUACAGUAAGAGAAAAGCUUAUCUCGAAGGCAUGUUGCAAGCAGAAGCGGACAAAUUGUCAAAUCAAGCGAGAUUUAUCGUUGAAAAGUGUGAUGGCAGGGUUAAAGUUGAGAACUUGAAACGCGCCAAGAUCAUUGAGGAGCUCAAAAACAAAGGUUAUCGUUCAGAUCCCAUUAAAGCUUGGAAAAAACUACAGAUUGAAAGUGGAAAUACAGAAGAAGAAGAUGAGCCAACUGAAGAAAAGGAAGCCGAGCCAACAGUUGAAGGGAUGGACUAUGACUACCUGCUUGGCAUGUCCAUGUGGACGUUGACGCUUGAAAGGAAAGAGGACCUGAUUAAUAAAAAGAAUAUCAAGGUUGCUGAACUUGAGGAGCUGAGGCUCAAAACGCCGGCUGACAUCUGGGAAUAUGAUUUGAACGAACUCUUGAAGAAGUUGACAGAAGUUGAAGAAAAGGAGAGGCAGGAAGAAGCCGCUUCAAACCUCCAAACCACAAAAGGGGCCGCCAAAGGCAAAGGGGGAAAGAAAAAAGUGUUGAUGGACAUUAUCCCGUCCGCUGCUUCUACGAGGGUAAAACCUUUGAUCGACCAGGAAAUGAUUAAGAAGGCCGAAACUGCCAACAGGCUCAAGGAGAAAAAACUCAAAGGACCAUCUAAAAAAGGAGAUGCGGGUGAAGAAGGCGAGAAGGACCAGUUUGAUCUCUUGGAAGAGGGUGUUCAAAAAACCCUUUCCCAGAGGCUUGGUAAUUCGCCCAUGAUGAUUGAGAAAAAAGCAAGGAAGAAACAACUGAAACAGACCAAGUUAAACCUAGAAAAGAAAAGCCCAAAGAAGAAAAGAAAUCCUUGGACAGAUUCAGAAGAUGAUGAUGAUAACUUCAACUCCGAUGAUUCAGGACCUAGUCGUGCUGUCAGCAUACCAAGUAGAAAUGUGCCAAGGAGAAGUACCGCAUCAGCUAUCAAAUUUACAUUCGAUUCUGAGGACAGUGAUUCCUCUGCUGGUUUUGUUUCUGUUAAUAAGAAAAAUGGAAAUGACUUCAGUUCAGAUGAAGAAAUUCCUAAAUCGAAAAGCACAAAUAGUAUUCCCAAAGUUGAUACCCCUCCAAAAGCAUCUUCAGAUGGUGGCAAGAGUGAUGAUGAUGACGAUGAUCUAAACUUAAAGAGAAAGGAUGAGCCUGCGGUAGAUUCUGACAAAUUGUUUGAUUCUCUUCUUGGUUCAGGCUCUGAACAGAAGACGGAAGUUCAACCAAAGUCUAAACCAGCAGCUAAAGCGACAAAACCAAAGGCACCGAAGAAAGCACCGGCUGUGAAGAAAACGGUCAAGAGGCCCAAAAAGAAAGCCUUAUCUGAUUCAAGUGACAGCGAAGACAUGUUUUCCGAUAAGACGAAGAAGAAAAAGCCUGAUGAAGAAAGUGAAAAUGAGGCAACUGCACUUUCUCGUCAAAGUACGAAUAAGAGGGCAAGGAAAGCAGUGACUUACACCUUCGGUGACGAUGAACUUUCGUCAUAAGUUGAAUUUUGUUAUUUUCAAUUUAAACCAGUUGAGUUUACGAAUCUUAACAGAUUAAGAUACACGUGUAUUUUAAUACGCCCUCAAGUGUUUACUUGAAACAAAUCCUAAAUGACGUUUUAAAUUAUUUUUAUCUUAAAUAUAAUUUUACUUAUUGGUUACUGAUUUUUUUUUUUUUUUUUACUUUUAAGAUUUUUGUGUUAUGUUUGUAUUAUUUGCAUAAUUUUGGCAACCUGAGCUCCUUACCCCUUCUCUUGAAAGGAACAUACGUCAAUUUUCAUUUAAACUCAUUAGGAAAAGAAUUGAAAUAAUCUGUUAGACUUAAUCUGUUGUUGAUUUGUUCUGAAAUUGAUAAAUUAUUAAAUACAUUUACUUAUUAUUAUAACAUUUUUUUAGAUUGGAUAU